AUGUCGACGAGCCAAAAACACCGGAAUUUCGUUUCGGAGCCGAUGGGAAACAAACCGGUCACGGAAGUCCCCGGAGUCGGAAGAGUUUUGGGUCAAAGAUUAAAUGAUGCCGGAUAUUCCAAGGCAAGUAACCUUUUGGGUUCCUAUUUGACCAACGAGGGCCAAUUCAAAAGAAAUUUCCAGAGCACUUGCUAUGCAAAUGACAGACAGGCCAACGAGGCCCAAGCUGGCCUUAGAGGAUUUACCAAUAAUUUUAUUGAUUAA